AUGGGCAAGCCGACUCGCUCUCAGCUGGCAGCAGAACCGUCGUCUGUACCAUCCACCCAUUCUCUACACCCUUUUGACGAUGAUGAUAUCAACCCAGUAUUGAGCGAUGAUGAUGGCGACAACGUGGAAGAUCAAGGCAUUGACAAACCGCCAUCCUAUGAUGCAGUUAUUUCAGACCGUCUGGGCGAACCCGGGUCGAGUAAUAUCAACCCAGAUAGGGACAGCAUUGCUGAUACCGGGUUUACAGCUCCGGAUAGCAGGCCGCAAGUCUCUCCUCACUCACGGUUAAGGGAUGCUGACUACCGAGUCCCCGGUGGCCGAAAGGCCCAAAGUGUGCUCAAUAGCACACGUACAGUCACUCUCGAACCGGUUUUAUCGCAUUCUGCACGCGAGCUAUCCGCUGUCAUUGCCGAGCAAGCAAGUCUCCCACCGCGUCCGCAACUCGUCAUCAACGGAUCGCACACAAACUCAAACAGACGAAAAAAGGAUAAAAAUAACAGCGACACAGUCAUAGACUUUGAUUUUCGUCUUGAUCUCGUAGAGACUGUUUUAACCGGUUGGGGAGACGCCCGCAGAACCGCAUCGCCAGAACAGCCGGACACGCAAACAUGGCACAAUGUUUUGGUGACUGAGGACUACGACGGUAUCAAAGCGUACAGAGGAUCAAGGGUGAAAACCCUCACUUGGAAAGAACCCAAAAGACCAGCAAAUACUCGACUGUCGGCCACGAAUCGGAUGUUCCACCGCGACGACCCGGAGAAUCACCUGUUAUACAGAGAAGAUAGAGAAGAAGCUGAUGAUGCCGCUGGGGAGCAAGAUAGAUUAAGCCAAGAAAGUCGGAAUGCAGAUUUGGAGUGGUGUACUCGGUUUUGCAGGGAUCCGUCUCCCGUCAAGUCGUACGUUUACCUUGACCCGAGAGAUUGUCUUACGUCUCAUAUUCGGGACACAAGCUAUAGAGGUCAAAUCACUAUGAGGAUGGAGAUUGUAAAUGGCAGUCUCACAAUAUACUCACCACAUUGGAUUAACAAGCUUCGCAACAAUCGUUUCGUCUUUUGGAUGUGCAUUAUUUUGCAACUGUGGUGCAUCACCUGGCCCGUCAUUUGGCUCCUUGAAAAGCGGUAUGAAGUCGUUCGCUCCUGUUGGAAAUAUGCCCGUGGUUGCGAUGAGCACGACUUGGGCGAGUUCUGGGCGCCAGUUGUCAAGCAAGCAGCCUGGGGACGUCGUCGGUAUAAUGAGGUCAUCAGAUUGGAAGAUGCCCAACGUGCAGAGGGUCUUACAACCGCUGAAAUCCUUCGAGUUCCCAUACACGAUUCUGAAGCCGAAAUUGAACGAAGAGAACGGGUCAACCGUGGAGAUGGCACAUUUUCAGACUCGGUGGUUGGUUUCGUCCGAGGCCUAAGUGAAGUCAGGCGAGGUUGGAAUCUGACGGCGGGAUGGGGUGAAAAUACUUAA